AGAGACUCGGCGCGCACUGGUGACGUAAAGGGCACUUCUUCUCAUGACAACACAGGCGCUGCAGGCUGGAGCAUCUACAGGCGCCUGAAACAGCACAGUCAUGAACUGGAACAAAGGUGGUCCGGGUAUCAAGCGAGGGUUUGGGUUUGGAGGAUUUUCUCUUGCAGGGAAAAAAGAGGAAUCCGCCGCCCCACCUGACAAAUCUCAAGCAUCGUUUGGACCCCCAGGAUCCAGUGGGGGAUAUGGGAAGAACCAGCAGCUCCCGUCGUUCUAUAAAAUAGGGACCAAAAGAGCGAAUUUUGAUGAGGAAAAUGCGUAUUUUGAAGAUGAUGAAGAGGAUUCCAGCAACAAUGUUGAUCUACCGUAUAUACCUGCAGAGAAUUCGCCCACACGGCAGCAAAUGCAGUCUGGUGGUGGUGGCGGCGGCUCAGACAGUGAGGAUGACCCACUGGAUGCCUUCAUGGCAGAGGUUGAGAAUCAAGCAGCGAAAGACAUGAGGAAACUAGAGGAAAAGGAAAAAGAGAAAAAGUCAGCAAAGGGUAUUCGCGAUGACAUUGAAGAAGAAGAUGAACAAGAAGCCUACUUCCGCUACAUGGCAGAGAAUCCCACAGCCGGCCUGAGCCUGGAGGAAGAGGAUGAAAAUAUUGAUUAUGACAGUGACGGGAACCCAAUUGCCCCGACCACCAAGAAAAUCAUCUUGCCCCUUCCUCCUAUUGACCACUCUGAGAUUGACUAUCCACCAUUUGAGAAAAACUUCUACAUUGAGCACGAGGAGCUCAUCAACCUGACAGGAAUUCAAGUGUCGGAACUAAGGCAGAAACUGAACUUGCGGGUAUCUGGUGCUGCCCCUCCAAAACCUUCGACCAGCUUUGCCCACUUCGCCUUCGAUGAGCAGCUAAUGCACGUAAUCCGCAAGUCUGAGUUCACUCAGCCUACACCAAUUCAGUGCCAGGGUGUGCCUAUAGCUGUGUCUGGACGUGACAUGAUUGGUAUUGCAAAAACUGGCAGUGGUAAAACUGCAGCUUUUAUUUGGCCAAUGCUGGUUCAUAUCAUGGACCAGAAGGAGUUGGAAGCAGGAGAAGGGCCCAUCGCAGUUAUCGUGUGUCCCACCAGAGAACUUUGUCAGCAGAUCCACACAGAAUGUAAACGCUUUGGGAAAGCCUACUCAUUGCGUUCUGUGGCAGUCUAUGGAGGAGGAAGCAUGUGGGAGCAAGCCAAGGCGCUGCAGGAGGGGGCAGAGAUCGUGGUGUGCACUCCGGGUCGUCUGAUUGACCAUGUAAAAAAGAAGUCCACGUCCCUGCAGAGAGUGACCUACCUUGUCUUUGAUGAGGCUGAUCGCAUGUUUGACAUGGGCUUUGAAUAUCAGGUUAGGUCUGUCGCGAGCCAUGUCCGCCCUGACAGACAGACUCUUUUGUUCAGUGCUACUUUUCGAAAGAAGAUCGAAAGGCUGGCCAGAGACAUCUUGACAGAUCCUAUCCGUGUGGUGCAGGGAGACAUCGGAGAGGCCAAUGAGGAUGUGACCCAGGUCGUGGAGAUGCUGCACAGUGGGACAGAAAAAUGGGCCUGGCUGAUCCGGCGGCUCGUAGAGUUUACCUCCUCUGGCUCUGUCCUUAUCUUCGUUACCAAGAAGGCAAACUGUGAAGAACUGGCCACUAACCUGACGCAGGAGGGCUACAGCAUUGGCCUCCUGCAUGGAGAUAUGGACCAGAGUGAGAGGAACAAGGUCAUCAGUGACUUCAAGAAGAAGAACUUGCCCGUUCUGGUGGCCACUGAUGUUGCUGCUCGUGGUCUGGACAUCCCUUCCAUUCGCACGGUGGUGAACUACGAUGUGGCGCGAGACAUCGACACACACACGCACAGGAUCGGUCGAACAGGUCGUGCUGGGGAGAAGGGUGUAGCUUACACCCUCCUUACCAACAAAGACACUACAUUCGCUGGAGACCUUGUGCGAAAUCUGGAGGGAGCCAAUCAAUCUGUUACUAAAGAGCUGAUGGAUUUAGCCAUGCAGAAUCCAUGGUUUAGGAAAUCCAGAUUCAAGGGGGGUAAAGGAAAGAGGCCGAACAUUGGAGGAGGUGGUCUUGGUUACAAAGAGAGACCAGGCUUGGGAGCGGAAAGUUCUGAGCGUGGCAGCAGCAGCUUCUUGUCUUCCACUAGCAGCUUUGAGGGCUACGGCAAACCAGCUACUGGGGCGAUGGGCGACCGCAUGUCUGCAAUGAAAAAUGCCUUCCAGGCUCAGUAUAAAAGCCACUUUGUGGCAGCGUCCAGCGGCCCUCCUAAGCUCACUACCAAGUCUAACAGCUCGUCAUGCUGGACCAGUGCUGGCAGUCUGAGCUCUGUGCCAACAGAGUCUCCUAAUGGCUCAGAGAGGUCCCACAGUGCCACAUUGUCAAUGUCAGGCUUCACCAGUGCAGGCACCCUGAGCUCAGUGCCCCCCAGUCUAACCAGUUCACAGCACAGCUUCCCUCAGCCUCAGCCUCCGCCUCCCCCCCCUCCUCCACCUUCACCUCCCUCACAGAGAGACAGCUCACGGGAGAGACACGUUGAAGACCGUGGGCGCCAUGGGGACAGUCACCACCGCCACAGUGACAGGAGCGACCGGCACAGCGGUGAAGAUCGCCACAGCGACCGCGAUCGGCACGGAGACAGAGAGCGUGACCGCUACGGGGAACGGGAGCGCCACAGCAGCAGCCGCCACGGCGACAGUCGCAACGGAGAUGGGAGCAGGAGGGAAAGAGAUGAUCGGAGGAGCGACAGAGAAGGGGGAGACAGGGGUAUUGGGGAGGGGAGGGACAGGGAAGGGGGAGACAGGGGUAGUGGGGAGGGGAGGGACAGGGAAGGGGGAGACAGGGGGAGCGGGGAGGGGAGGGACAGGGAAGGGGGAGACAGGGGGAGUGGGGAGGGGAGGGACAGGGAAGAUGAUAGCUUUGCCAUUCCUGAACCACCAAAACGUAGAAAGAGCAGGUGGGACAACUAAAGAAAAAAGAAUCAACACAUCAGUAGAAUAAUUGAUGCAACAACUGCUCCAUGACAAGUUUGUCUGUGUAGGCAGAGAGCAGAGCAUAUCAGAGGCUGUUGCAGGCACAAGGCUGGAGGGGUAGGUUUACUGACACCAGUGUCAAUUUGGCCUCAACAGUGUCAGACAGAUCAACACAAGCAGCUCGGAGACAGCCACUGUACAUACACCAUCAGGACUGUUGUUAUUAUAAGUCAAUAGGAUCAAGCAAUAGAGCUGUAACGAAUCCUGUCAGUGAACAAUUCCAAAUUAGGGCGUGUUGGUUGUUGUCUUGUUUCUACUCACUGAGCCCCUAAUAUGCUUCUGUGCUUGCAAACCUGACAAAUUUUCUUUUCCUUUAAUGAAUCUUUGCCAAGUGUGUUUGUGUAUUUGCAUUUUCUGUUCUACAAAGCUAACUGUUUGAACCGUUUCAUUUUUUUCUAUGGCGCUCUGUGAUUUAUGAACGGUCACACAAGUGCAUAAAAAAAACCUAUCAGUAGCUCUUUUUGUGUCUUGUAUUCAAGUUUUAGUGAAGUGCCUUUCCCUGGCAUUUAGUCCGUCUGCUUUCGACAUGUGUUUUCAGGAACGAGGGGAUUACAAGUGUUCAAAUGGAAAAGGGGAAGUUUUAAAUAAAAACACUUCUCUUGCA